AUGCUGCCUUCACUUCUCCUCUCUCUGGUCUCUGUCCUGGCAGAAGGGGCCAGCCUCCAGCCAAUCAGAACCAACCACCUGGGGAUGUGUCCCAACCAGCUGAACCCAAACCUGUGGGUGGAUGCACAGAGCACCUGCGAGCGGGAGUGCCAAACCGAUCAGGACUGCGAAGGCUUUGAGAAAUGCUGUACCAACGUUUGCGGCUUGCGGAGUUGCGUGGCUGCCCGUUACGCCGACGGAAGCAUCUCUUCCUUGGAGCUGGUGCAGGAAGCCACCUGCGAGAGCUUCGUCUGCACCCAGCAGGGCUCGGACUGCGAUAUUUGGGAUGGGCAACCCGUCUGCAAGUGCAAGGACAGGUGUGAGAAGGACCCCAACUUCACCUGCGCCUCUGACGGACUCACCUACUACAACAAGUGCUACAUGGAUGCCGAGGCCUGCAUCCGGGGCAUCAGCCUGGCCGUGGUACCCUGCAAGUACAUCUUCACCUGGCCCAAUACAAGCCCGGUGCCAGUGGAGACCACGACUCACCCCACCCCGGGGGCAUCUCCGGAGCUGCCUAUCCCGCCGGCUCUCUACAACAACCCUUUCCACCAGCUUGUCUACGUGGGAGGCACCGUCAGCUUCCACUGCGACGUGAGCGGGCGUCCUCGUCCUGACAUCACCUGGGAGAAGCAGAGCGACCAUCAGGAGAACUUCAUCAUGCGGCCCGACCAGAUGUACGGCAACAUGGUGGUGACCAACAUUGGCCAGUUGGUCAUCUACAAUGCUCAGCCGGAAGAUGCUGGGAUCUACACAUGUACAGCCAGGAAUUCAGCCGGUCUCCUGCGAGCGGACUUCCCACUCUCGGUCGUCAAGAAGGAACACUCCCGGGGAGAACCGAGAGUUUCCAGUACAUCGAAGAUCCCGUCCAACGAGUGCUUGAAGGAACCCGAUACGCAGGAUUGUGAGGCCUACCAAACCCGUUGGUAUUUUGACUCCAAAAAAGGCUCUUGUGUUACUUUCCGUUACGGCGGUUGCGGGGCGAACGAGAACCGCUUCGACACUUACGAGGAGUGUCAACUGGCCUGUGUCAGUAGCACGGUCAACCUGUGUACCCUCCCCAUGGUGCAAGGACCCUGUAAGAACUGGGAGCCUCGCUGGGCCUACAACCACCUGAUGAAGCAGUGCCACUCCUUCAUCUACGGCGGUUGCGAGGGCAAUGAGAACAACUUCGACAGCAAGGAGGGCUGCGAGGACGCCUGCCCCUUCCCCAAGGCUCUGCUGUGCAAAGCGUGCCGCCUGAAAAGCAAGAUGGUGCCGAGCCUCUGCCGGAGCGAUUUUGCCAUAGUGGGGCGGCUGAUGGAGAUCCUCGAGGACCAAGACUCCGGGAUUGCCCGCUUUGCGCUGGACGACGUUCUCAAGGAUGAGAAGAUGGGCCUCAAGUUCUUCGACAUCAAGUAUCUGGAAGUCACCUUGACAGACAUGGACUGGAACUGCCCCUGUCCCAACAUGACCACGGAGGACGGGCCUCUCAUCAUCAUGGGGGAAGUUCACGACGGCAUGGCUGUCCUGGACCCCAACAGCUAUGUCCGGACUGCCAACGACAAGCGGGUGAAGAAGAUUUAUGAGCUUCUGGAGAAGAAGACCUGCGAGUUGUUCAACCGAUUUCAGGACUAA